AUGAAGAUCCCCUACAAUGUUGUCCACGUCAGCGGUGACGUCCUUUAUGCUGCUCGAGGCGGCAAGAUUCACUCAUUCAGCCUCCAAGACGGAUCUCACCUUUCAACAUGGAAGCAUCCCGAUGUUGACAAAGUAGAUGCUGCAGUGAAAGCCAUCUCAGGCGAAGCCUCAAGUGAGACUAUCACAAAUCAGGAUACUCCUGCCGUCGAGGGCGAGGGUGACGAUGGACCCCCAGCCAAGCGACAAAAAACCGAGGAACCCAAGGAUGAGACAGCCACUGCCGAAGCAAAUGUUCAGGAUGACGCAAAGAAUGCCGAGGAGGCAAAGCCUGAAGGCAAAAAAAGGGGCGGGAAGAAGAGCAAGGACAGGCGCAACCAGCAAAAACCAAAGGAGCACAAUAUCUCACGAGUUCCCGACCGUCCAGUCAUUACACAUAUGACUAGUUCCCCUGAUGGUGCUCAUAUCCUGGCUAUCACUGGACAUGACAAGGCAAUCUGGGUCUUUGAGAACGGUGAAAAUGGUGUCCUCAACCAACUCAGCAAACGAACCCUGCCCAAGCGUCCUAGCGAUGUAGUUAUUGGCCCAGAUUCGCAAAUCGUGGUCGCCGAUAAAUUCGGAGACGUCUACUCUCUCCCCCUUCUCUAUGACCCUACCGCCCAAAAUGCCACUCGAUCUUCAACCCCUGCGGUAGCCAAGCCUGCCUAUAAGCCAUCCGCCAACACCACAACUGUUCACUCAAAGCGCAACCUGCGGGCUCUCCAAGAACAGCAACGUCAAAUGGAGCUCAUUACACGGAACAAGAACGAAAAGAAUUCCAAAUCUGAAGGCCCAGAUUUUGAAAUCACUCUACUGCUUGGCCAUGUCUCUAUGCUCACUGGUGUUGCUAUUGGUGAAAGCGAGGGACGACGAUAUAUUUUGACUGCUGACCGUGAUGAGCAUAUCCGAGUGUCAAGAUACAUUCCCCAAGCUCAUGUCAUCGAGGGAUUCUGCUUUGGCCACACCGAGUUCAUCAGCUCUAUGACCAUACCCUUAUCCCGUGGUAAUGUUCUUGUGACAGGUGGUGGAGAUGAGGAUUUGUUUGUGUGGGAUUGGAAAGCAAACAGUCUUUUGUCACAAAUCAGCGUCUUAUCCUUGGCCCAGAAGAUCCUACCUGAUACUACCAAGGUAGCCAUCACUGGGCUAUACAGCUUGGUGUACCCUCACGAAGGCUCUGAUCUCAUCUACAUUCUGGCCAUAUGUCAAGAUAUUCCCGCUAUUUUCUCCUGGCAACUCACCGAAGACAACACUCUUCAUCGCCCCGCCAUCAUCCAGCUUCCUGGCAACCCUCUCGGCCUCGCCAUCAAGCCAGCUACUGGCGAGGAGUCUCCCAAGAUCGUUACUGCUCUCGAUCCAAGUGGUCCUACACAAGCAAAAAGCUUGGCAAUCUACUCGCUCACCAUGACUGACGAGAAGCUUGCCACAAGUACGACGGCCCUAGUUAGCGACAGAGAUAUCGAGAGUGCCGAGCUCGAUGUCGACGAAAAGGUCGUGAGGGGUCUCUUGUACAACACGGAAAGUCUGCGAAAACAACCGACGGAACGGGAGGAGGAACGGGGUGAGGAGCAAUGUACAACUAGAUACCUUGACCAGAGUUAA